CCAGCAAGCAGCUCGCAGCAUGGAUUCGGAUUCCGGGGAGCAGAGCGAGGGCGAGCCCGUGUCCGCCGCAGGUCCUGAUGUUUUUAGUUCAAAGAGUCUUGCCCUUCAAGCCCAGAAGAAGAUUCUGAGCAAAAUAGCCAGCAAGACCGUGGCCAACAUGUUGAUUGACGACACCAGCAGCGAGAUCUUUGACGAGCUCUACAAAGUCACCAAAGAGCACACCCACAACAAGAAGGAAGCCCACAAGAUUAUGAAAGACUUAAUCAAGGUGGCAAUCAAAAUUGGGAUCCUCUACCGGAACAACCAGUUCAGCCAGGAGGAGGUUGUUAUCGUGGAGAAGUUCCGGAAGAAGCUGAACCAGACGGCCAUGACCAUCGUCAGCUUCUAUGAGGUGGAAUACACUUUCGAUAGGAACGUGCUCUCCAAGCUCCUGCACGAGUGCAAAGACCUGGUGCAUGAACUGGUGCAGCGACACCUGACGCCCAGGACCCACGGGCGCAUCAACCACGUCUUCAACCACUUUGCUGACCUGGAGUUCCUCUCCACCCUCUAUAGUCUGGAUGGAGACUGUCGGCCCAACCUCAAGAGGAUUUGUGAAGGAAUCAAUAAAUUGCUAGAUGAGAAAGUCCUUUGAAUGCCUUCCCUCCUCCUGGACUUUGCUGCUUUAACAUUACGGCACUCAACCACUGUCCGGGUGAGAAUCAAGUAGCUAAGCAGAAACCCUUGUCGAAGAUGUCCAUGUUCUGUCCAUUCCUCCCUCUGAUGCUGAACUUAGCUCAGGUGUGUUUAUCUUCUGAGCUCUCUGACGAGGUCUGUACUUAAAAUCACCUGUGUUUGCAAGCCCAACAGGACAUUUCACCUAUUCUAAGCAGAAAGGCUGCUUUGCUCAUCACAGUGAGCUCAGUUCAUCUUGUGGAGUGGAAAGAGCCCUGGACCAGGAGCCGGAGGAUUUGGAUUCGGUUCCCAGCUCUGCCCGUUACA